GCUUAGCAUCUGCUUCAUCUGACCACUUUUUUAUUGAUCUAGUCACCAGUGCUUCCUGCUUUAGUUUUUGCUUGUAAGCAGGAAUCAGGAGGAUGGAAUUAUAGUCAGAUUUGCCAAAUGGAGGGCGAGGGAGAGCUUUGUUUGCAUCUAAUUUAUUUAGUUUUACUUCGUGUUUUAUGUCCAGAAUAUUUGCAAAUUAUUAUUACUACUAUGAAUUGCAUAAUUGUUUACAUCGAUUAGUUCUACUGUCUCCAGAGUCGGUACCCUGCUCGGUACUCUACUCCACAGCCUAAACUAAUCGACACAUUUUUGAGAUGUCCUGUGCUGUGCUAACGUUAUCCAACUCCUAGUUUAGCAAUUUUCUGUGUCUCCAAACUACAUGCAAUACCAGAUCGCUAGCUAUGUAUACAACCACUAAAGUUGUACUAGGCGUUUCUGAGAUACUUACGGUGAGCACCGUUGCAGGAGUGCAUCUCAAGCAAAACUGGGACCAAGAGGAUUAGAGUGUCUGACUCCACCUGGUGAUGAUGGAAAGUGGUGGUGAGCAGAGGGGCCAAGUGGAAGAUGAGGCCAUGUGCACCUCUGCCUCGGAGGGGCUGGAGGAGGGUGAGGUGGAGGGUGAGACGCUGCUCAUCGUGGAGUCGGAAGACCAAGCCUCGGUGGAUCUCUCGCACGACCAGAGCGGUGACUCGCUCAACAGCGAUCUGGGGGAGGACGCCGAGGGUGGCUGGAACGAGGACAUGGCUUUCUACUGCGACAAGUGCCACAAGUGGAUCCCCAUCGCUCAGCUGCACGGAGAGCAACCCAGCUACCUGAAAGGAGACAACUUCUUUAAGUUCACCUGCUAUGACUGUACAGAAGAUGUCAAGGAGACCUUUGAGAGGAUGAGACUCACCUGGCAACAGGUGGUUAUGUUGGCCAUGUACAACCUUUCUUUGGAGGGCACGGGGCGUCAAGGCUACUUUAGAUGGAAAGAGGACAUCUGUGCCUUUAUUGGGAGACACUGGACCUUCCUACUGGGCACCAGAAAGAAGACUUCCACAUGGUGGAGCACGGUGGCGGGCUGUUUGUCGGUGGGGAGCCCCACGUUCUUCCGCUCAGGGGCCCAGGAGUUUGGCGAGCCGGGCUGGUGGAAGCUGGUGCAGAACCGUCCACCCACCCUGCGCCCAGAUGGAGACAAGUCCUCGGUGGCCUCCCUAAAAUCUAAAGCUGCCUCCAAGCCAACCCUGGACCCCAUCAUCACGGUAGAAGGCUUACGGAAGCGCGUGGGCCGGAAUCCGGUGGAAAGCGCCAUGCAGCUGAAAGAAAAGCGCUCACGCACCCACGAGGCUAAGGACAUCCGGCGGGCGCAGAAGGAGGCGGCGGGGUACAUGGAUCACAGCGCCUCCUCCACGGCUGUCAAGUUCAGCGGCCGUGGUGGCGGGCGGAGACCCGACUUGGUCCUGGAGAAAGGCGAGGUGGUGGACUUCUCCUCAAUGAGCUCAUCGGACCGAACACCACUCACCAGCCCCUCGCCGUCGCCCUCUCCGGACUUCUCUGCACCCGGCACCCCCGCCUCCCACUCAGCAACGCCCAGCCUGCUGUCGGAGGCUGACCUCAUCCCUGACGUCAUGCCACCGAUGGCGCUCUUUCACGAUGACGAGGAGCUGGACGGCGAAGGCGUCAUCGAUCCCGGCAUCGAGUACAUCCCCUCACCCAGUAUGUCCCUGGGCACUGGCGCCCUUGUCGUUCGCAAAAAGCUGCGGCCUGGGGUGGCAGGGGCGCACAUCAAGCAGGAAGCAGAGAGUGACGACGAGGAGGGCCGCGGCCGGGAUGAUGAAGACGACGAGAGGCGGGGGCGCGGCGAAGGCCAAUCCAAUGUGGUCAGGGGGGCGCGGGGUGGUGGGGAGAGGAGGAGGGGGGCCUUAACAGAGAAGGGGAAGGGUUCCCCCCCUUCAGAGCCCCAGUUUGCCCCCCUCAGCCUGUAUGAGGAGCGUGUGCUGCUGCGGCGCCUGGAGGCUUGUCCGCAAGCGCUGGCGGUGACUGCGCAGGCCAAGCGGCUGCACAGGAAGCUACUGGUGAGGAAGGCCAAGCGCCAGAGAGGGCUCCCCCUGCUGGACAUCGACCAGGUGGUCAGCGCCACCCUCAGUCUGGUGGGAGGGUUGUACGGGUCCCAGGAGGGGGGACAGGGCCGCUACGAGGGCUCCGGCGCGGGGAAGUACCGCACCACCAGCCAGGACCUCCGAAUCCUCGACCGCUUCCAGACAACGGUGUCCAGCAGAAGAGGGUACCACCAGCCCACAGUGUCCUUCUGGCACCGCCUCAUGGGCUCCGACGCCAGCGUAGACCAAGGCAUCAAGAGCCCGUACACCUCCCGCACCCUCAAACCCUUCAUAAGGAGGGACUAUGAGAACAAGCCUAUGAAGCUGAAGCUGUUGGCGGAGAUCCGUGCCUACCCCCACAGGAAGGACCCCUGCUGGGUCACCAAGCCAGAGGCCCCCAUCGACUACUGUUACGUCAGGCCCAACCACAUCCCCUCUGUUAACUCCAUGUGCCACGACAUCUUCUGGCCAGGUGUGGAUCUCUCUGAGUGUCUCCAGUACCCAGACUUCAGCGUAGUGGUCCUUUAUAAGAAGGUGGUGAUCGGCUUUGGGUUCAUGGUGCCGGACGUGAAGUACAACGAGGCCUACAUCUCCUUCCUGCUGGUGCAUCCCGAGUGGAGGAGGGCUGGGAUCGCUACAUUCAUGAUCUACCAUCUCAUUCAGACCUGCAUGGGAAAAGACGUCACUCUACACGUCUCGGCCAGUAACCCCGCCAUGCUCCUAUACCAGAAGUUUGGCUUCAAGACUGAGGAGUACAUAUUGGACUUUUACGACAAAUACUACCCGCUGGACAGCAAGGAGUGCCGACACGCCUUCUUCCUGCGGCUACGGCGGUGAGACAGGAAACGGGACAGGCCAGUAUUCAGGCCAUAGAAAUAUAAUUACUAGAAUGGACAUGCCCAUGUAAGUUAACGUUCCAUUGGUGAACUGGUAUCCAUAUUGAGUGUACUAGUCAAAUUGUCGUUGUCUGUGGAGCUUUGUCUGUUGUAGUGUUUAUAUUUCUAUACAGGCAACCAGUCAGAAGGAGGAAAAAAUACAUCUGGAAAUGCCUGUGCUAUUCAGUGUAUCCAUUUUAUGUUACACCGUUUCUUUGUGGUCAUUAUAUUUGUGAGAACCUAUGAGGUAGGUGUAUUUUUGUUGAUCCACAAAAGAGACUGAAGGACGGAAUUUUGUAAUUUUCUUACACUUGCAUUUCUGAAUAAUUCUGCAGUCCAAAUGGCAAUUAUAUAAAGAAAAAAUCACUCACAUUGCAAA